AUGUCGAACGGCGAAAUCACCGGAUUAAUCUCGAAACUCGAGGACGCCUUCGCAUAUGCCACAACCGAGUUGGGAACUGUUUUUAUACCGCUUGCGGCGGCUAGAAACAAAAAUGAGACGUUAUUAAGCUUGAAAGACAUGUUUGAAUACAACGAAGAAAUACGGCUGACAGUGGUAAAACAGCCAAAACCAAAAAAUAAUUGCGAAUUCUUGGCGAAAACCGUUCGGAAGGCGGGAACUGUUGCGUCCACGUCGAAACGGUCAGAGGAAAUCUUUGGACCGCUGUUGGCCCGUGUGACAAGCACGACGGAUUCGUUUGCAUUCGCAAAUGCGGAUGGAUACGGAACGAUAUUUAUUCCGGGCGACGCGUUCGAUAAGACGGUCGUCCGAAGUGUUCACAAUUAUAUUUCACACAAAAAUCAUGUUAUUGUGAGAAUAAAAGAACAAAUUGAGAGGAAAGGAUGUAAAUAUGUGGCUAUUGAGGCAUUUAAACAUUUGGAACCCGAAAAAGAGGAAGAAGUUGUGGCGAUCCAAAAGAGUGAAAUGAUAAUAUCUCAUGGAAUUGUGUUAGAAGUCGGUCCGAUGGAAGUACACGUAUUUGAUGAAAAGAAUCAGGCUGAGGUUUAUUGCCACAUGCUAACGUACACCGGCGGAAUUCGUAAUGCAGAAAUGCCGAAAUCUCUGUUGGAAGUGAUAAAUGUGAAUGAACACGUGAUGUUUAAAGCGAAACGGACAUCCGAUACGAGAUUUGAUGCGAUCGAUUGGAAACCCGUCGAAAAUUAUGAAGAAUUGGAGAUUCCUGUGAAAAAGAACACUUCCGACUCGUUCCAACAGACCGCGCCGUGUACUAUUUCGAUGCUCCUCCGCUCGUUUCUAUCGAGAAAUCCGUCAGCAAUGGAAGAAUAUUCUGGAAUUCUUCAUCUGAUUCCAGAUUACGCUCUUCCAGACGAAUAUCUCAUGGUGAGAGACUCACAUCGAUUCGAGGGGACCAAGUGGGAGGAUCAGUAG